AAAGUGAGGAAGAAUAUAUAUAUACACACACACAGUAUAUAUAUGUGUGUGUGUGUGUAUCCUGUAUAAAUAUACAUACACACACGUACAUCUAUUGUCGCCGCCUCCACCACCGUCUAUUGCUGCGAAAAGGGGGGGGGGGGGUCGGGUCCGGUCCGGUCGGUCGGUGGUGAAGGCGACACCAUGUCGGUGAGGGAGACGUUCAACCCGGAGAACUACGAGUUGGACAAGAAUUUUCGACUGACCCGCUUCGCCGAGCUGAAGGGGACGGGAUGCAAAGUGCCGCAGGACGUCCUGCACAAGCUGCUGGAGGCCCUGCAGGAGAAUCACUACCAGGAGGACGAGCAGUUCCUCGGGGCCGUCAUGCCCCGUUUGGGUAUUGGGAUGGAUACAUGUGUUAUUCCCUUAAGACACGGUGGUCUUUCUCUGGUUCAGACAACAGAUUAUUUUUAUCCUAUUGUUGACGAUCCUUAUAUGAUGGGCCGAAUAGCUUGUGCCAAUGUUCUAAGUGACCUUUAUGCCAUGGGGGUCACAGAGUGUGACAACAUGCUGAUGCUGCUUGGCGUGAGCAAUAAAAUGGCAGAUAAGGAGCGGGACAAAGUAAUGCCACUAAUAAUACAGGGUUUUAAAGAUGCGGCGGAUGAGGCAGGUACAGCAGUCACGGGCGGACAAACGGUAUUAAACCCUUGGAUCAUAUUAGGAGGUGUGGCCACUACAGUCUGUCAGCCAAAUGAAUUUAUCAUGCCAGAUAAUGCAGUGCCUGGGGAUGUUCUGGUACUAACAAAACCACUGGGAACACAAGUUGCGGUUGCUGUGCACCAAUGGCUUGACAUUCCCGAGAAGUGGAACAAGAUCAAGCUCGUUGUAACUCAAGAGGAUGUAGAGUUGGCUUACCAGGAGGCUAUGAUGAACAUGGCGCGGUUAAACAGAACGGCUGCCGGCCUCAUGCACACCUUCAACGCGCACGCAGCGACGGACAUCACAGGUUUCGGGAUUCUCGGGCAUGCUCAGAACCUGGCAAAGCAGCAAAGGAACGAAGUUUCAUUUGUCAUCCACAACCUGCCUGUCCUUGCCAAGAUGGCAGCUGUGAGCAAGGCGUGUGGCAAUAUGUUUGGCUUGAUGCAUGGGACUUGCCCUGAAACCUCAGGAGGCCUUUUGAUCUGCCUUCCACGGGAACAAGCAGCUCGAUUUUGUGCGGAGAUCAAAUCACCAAAGUAUGGUGAGGGCUAUCAGGCAUGGAUUAUUGGCAUAGUGGAGAAGGGCAACCGUACUGCCAGGAUCAUAGACAAACCGCGGAUCAUCGAAGUCGCUCCAACAGUGGCCACUCAGAACGUCAACCCAACUCCUGGUGCCACGUCCUAAUAACCGCAACACACACACAACAAACACAACAGCAACAAUGACAUUUGUUGAAAUUCCAAUGCCAUCCCAAGCAACUUUGUAAAUCUUAACUUGUCUGCCUAAAGUGUCGGCCUUUUGGGCUGGCAGAUCACGUGUGGAUCUCAAAAUAAAUCCAUUGCCUUGUUUUUUUUUUCUGUUACAUUAACUGAAGAUGCGCCUAAUACUGAGGCAGCUUCUAAGUUGAGAAAUGAUUAUCCAAUACUGUUGAUUCAUUUUGAAUCUUGAGACACUUACUGUCUGGCUCUUUUUAAGGUGCUUCCCGUAGAACACACCUUUACCAACAGCACUGCAGCAGCUUUUCAUUUGUUUGGUCACAUAUUAUCUAUAUAAAUAUAUAUAUAUAAAUAUAUAUAUUCUAAUGGAAAAACUACUCGUCUGCAAAUGUGUUGCCUUGAAAGCUUUUUUCAGAAAGAGUUGCUUAUUGCAGUUGUUGAUUCCCCCAACGAUUAAUGAAUGGAAUGCAACGAGUUCGCAUGAUUUCAUCCAGUUUUUGGUUGGUAAUGUUUAUUCACACAGUUAGGAUUGCAACGUUAAGUGUUGACUUUACACAGUCGCUCGGUCUUGUGUGGAUUUUCUUUCUCCCCUCACCCCCACCCCAUGCCCUAUCCCUCCGAGAAAAAUACACCAAGUAAGUAGGUCCUCUGUGCUAUAAUCCGCAUGGUCCAUCGAGCACUUGCCUUGGAAAGAGAACCAAUUUCUUUAGCAGUAAAACAAUAAUGUUCUGACGGUAUGUUUCUCUGUUAGUUUAUUGUGUAGGAGCAGACGCAGAUGUACAUCGCUGGUUUACACUGUGCUUCGGUUCACUGUUCUAUCAUGCAGACAAAACGUUGCAGACCAAAAGAGAAGGCUAUUGCAAGAUACUCUAGCUCCGACUGAAAAAUUACACUGACUUUUUUAAAAAUAUAUAUAUAAUCAAUUAUGUUUGACAUGUGCUGUGGUUAUUCGUGUUUAAUACAUUUUAUAUUUUGUAAAGUGAUACCUUGCAUCCGCUUUUCUAUAAAUGCAACUAAUCUUUA